UAAUGCUUUGCUUCUAGAGAAGGGUAGUUGGUAAAAUGGCAAGUAACACCAGAGCUUAUAUAUACACCAGCGACUUUUAGCUCUCUCUCUUAUUCCUUGAACCCCCAAAGCCUUGUAGAGAAGCAGAACCAGUCUGAAUUGGUUUAACCAUGAACUCUUCAACUCUAGCCUCCUCGUCAUCUUGUUCAUCGCUCUUCCAAAUCAAGCUCACUCCUCCUACCAAACCCACCCAAUUUUCUCUUCUCCGUUUUGCCCCUCCCAAUUCCCACAAUGCCCUCAAAGUCUCCGCCUCCACCAACCACCACCCCUCCUCCUCCUCCUCCUCCAUUCUCCAAACCGCCAAGCAAUACGCCAAGGCCGCCAUCCUCGUCGGCCUCACCGCCACCGCCUUCCACAGCUCCUCCAAGCUCCUCGCCCGCGCCGACCACCCGCCGGCCACCGUCUCCGAACAGCAACAAGAAGAAGCCGCUCCGGCGGCUUCUCAGGUCAAAGACGAGAGCAACCAAGCCUCGCCGCUGUCCGACUUCCUCGGCUCCAACUCCGACGCCGUCGCCGCGCUCAAGUCGCUCCUCCAGCAGAAGCUCGAGAACGGCGAGGACGACGAGGCGCUCAAGAUCCUCAACCGCCUCACGGCGGCGCAGCCGGCCGUGACGGAGUGGAAGUUCCUGACGGCGAGAGUUCUGAGCGAGAUGGGAGAGCUCGACAGUGCACGGCAGGUGUUCGAGGAAAUUCUCGAGUCGAAUCCGCUCUCGUUCGAGGCCUUGUUCGAGAACGCUCUGCUCAUGGACCGCUCCGGCGAGGGCCACGCCGUGCUCCGGCGGCUGGAGGAGGCGCUGAAGGUGGCGGAGGAAGAAAACAAAGUCAAGGAGGCCAGAGACGUGAAGCUGAUCAUGGCGCAGAUACAGUUUCUGCAGAAGAAUGUGGAUGAUGCUUUGAGUAGCUACAAUGAAUUAGUCAAGGAAGAUCCUAAAGACUUCAGGCCUUACUUUUGUAGAGGAAUGAUUUACAGCUUGCUGGAGAGGAAUGAUGAGGCCAAGGAGCAGUUUGAGAAGUACAGGCAGCUUUCGCCGAAGAAGUUUGAGGUGGAUGGCUACCUCAGGAAGCCAUUGUCAAGAAUCAAGCUUUUCGGCAGCGAUGAGAAUUGAGCAGAAGAUGAUGCUUGUUCCCUCUAGCAUUGUUAUAGAGUUUUGUUAUCUGUCGAAAAUAAAAAGGCCAGACAUUUUUGUU